AUGGCCUACGGCGCUGUAAUGAUGGAUUCUUUCAAGGGGAAUCAGGCCGACGAUGAAAAGAGUACGUCAACGGCAAAUGCUACCGGUAGUGAUUUGACACCCGCGGGAAGACCAGUUAUUGAAAUCGCGACCUAUGCUGACACUGACGUUUACGAAUGUUAUAUACGCGGAUAUGAAUCAAGAAUUGUCAUGAGAAGAACUCAAGACGAUUGGGUCAAUAUCACGCAGGUCUUCAAGAUUGCACAGUUCUCCAAAACUCAAAGGACAAAAGUUUUAGAGAAGGAAUCAAAUGAUAUGAGGCAUGAGAAAGUGCAAGGUGGGUACGGUAGGUUCCAGGGUACGUGGAUUCCAUUAGAAGAUGCAAAGUAUAUGGUUACGAAAUAUAAUAUUAGAGAUCCUGUGGUGACAACGAUACUGGCGUUUCAAUUAAAUCCUAAUAACCCGCCAAUGAAAAGAAGUAAGAAUAGCGUUUUAAAGAGAACCUCGCCUGACGGUCGUAUUACUUCGCCCUCAAGUUAUAAUAAAACACCAAAGAAGAGAAAUGCAAUUGGAGGGUCUACUGCAAGGAAAUCAAAGAAAAACAGUAUGCUUUUACAGGGGGCAAAUCCAAGUCCUUUACAAAAUUUGGUAUUCCAAACUCCGCAACAAUCUCAUAUGGCUUCACAAUUGGCUACAAAUGCGGAAACUACAGUAUCCGCUACAAGUCAAGCGAAUCAAAUGAGUAGUACAAAGGAAAAUGUGAUUCCGCAUUUAAAUACAGAAGAAACUCCAUUGGCGCUUGGAUAUUCGGCCACUCAAAAACCAUUACAAUUUUAUCCAGUACCUACGAGUUUAACUCAUCCUCACAAGAUGAGAGAAUUCACGAAUACAACCAAUGACACAUCUAGUUUUGACACAUCAACAGAUAUGGAUAAAUCACACUCACAGAAUUUUUUAACAUUUAUACCAGAGGGACCAAGUUCGGGCGUCUUUUCAUCACAACAGCAUCAGCAACGUGUGCCUAGUAUAUUGGUUAACGGUAAUGGUAACGCUAAGAAGGCUUCAAAAAGGAAGAGGAAAAGUGAAGAUGAUUCAAUUGAGAUGAUGUCUCAUGAUGAUGACAGUAGUUUCGCAAGCGGACCUCCACAAUCAUCAGUACCACCUCCACCUCAAUCUUUACCGGGUGCUACUCCAGGCUCUACAGUUAAUGGUUCAGCGGGUAAGCAUUUGAAACAUAAAUUGAAAAAUAGACCAAGUCUAACGGCUAAAAGAACUAGUAUGGCUCAGGAUAAGGCUCAACAGAACUUCAAGAUGAUGCAAAAGCAAUUGAUGUGGCAAAACGUUCGUCAACAACAAAAGAAUUCGUCCAUGCCCUUUAAGAUGCAUCAAAAUGGGAAUAUUAGUAGCAAUGCUAACCACAGUUCAUCCAUGGAUAUGUUUUCUACCGGUGAAAACCCAACGCCCUUAUCGUCGAGGUCUUCUACACCAAAUACAUUUGCUGGGUUGCCAACUGCACCAGCAACCGCUCAUGGCAAUGAGAAUAACACAGAUAAUUUGGGACCAACGCUGAAUGUGGAAGAGUAUAAAGAGAUGAUUUUACAGGUUUUAUCAUCAGAGGAUGGCUCAGAUAAGGAUUAUCAACUGCCGCCUCAAAUGUACCAUCCACCAUCUAAUUUCGACAUUAAUUUUGAAAUUGAUGAUCAAGGCCACACACCAUUGCAUUGGGCUACAGCAAUGGCUAACGUUCCUUUAAUCAAGUUGCUCAUUGCUUUAAAUGCUAAUGCAUUACAAUGUAAUUUGAGAGGGUUCAACUGUAUCACGAAAUCUGCCUUUUAUAACAAUUGUUAUAAGGCAGAUACUUUUUCAGAGAUAGUUUCCAUUCUUAGGAUCUGUCUGAUUACGCCAGAUAACAACGGGAGGUUGCCCCUACAUUAUUUGGUAGAAUUGAGCGUUAACAAAUCCAAAGACCCAGUUGUAAUAAAUUUUUACCUGGAUACCAUUAUACACAAUUUGGGUCAAGAGGAUUAUACCCUUUUGAGAAUGUGUCUAAAUUUCCAAGACAACAUGGGGAACACGGUCCUACAUUUGGCAGCAUUAAAUUUGAAUCUGGAAUUGUGUAACAAAUUAUGUUAUUUGGGAUCAUCUAUGGAUAUCACUAAUUGUGAUAAUGAAACACCGGCAUCCAUUUUAGCGAAGUUCAAUUUAGUGCCAGCCCCAAAUCCCAAUGCCGGUACAUUUUUACCGUCUGCGGCUCCAGCACCAGCACCAGCACCAACUUCACAAGGUUUCUCGCAAUCGCUUGAACAACCUAAUGGCAACUCGGUAGCGGCUACGCCAAGACCAGGAUCUCAAAAUCCAUCCACCUCUGUAUUGCCUGAAGAAGGACAACCUGCAGCAAAUACUCAACAACAGCAUAAAUUAGUACCUGAGAUCUUACCUAGUGUGGAAGAAGAGGAUGCCGAUGAUAAUGAUGCCGAUGAUGCCGACGAUGCCGACGAUGAUGACGAUAAUGAAAAGAAUGAACAACCAGUUAAAUUGACACCUUCAAUAAGUAACAAGAAAUCAGAUGUGAGAAAUUUCUUACCAGGACCGGAUUCGACUUCCUUAAGUACAUUGAUGGAUGAUUUAUCCAAUAUGAAUUCAUUCGUCACAUCUUCUGCCGUUAGAGAUUUGAGAACAACGCCUUCUAGAUUAUUAGAAUGUUCUCCAAUUACACGUAAGAAGAAGAAUGAAGCUAGCGCGGCUACAGUUUCAUCUAACUUAAGAAAGACUACAUUAGCAGAUGCAAUUCAAUCACCUCUAGCUCCUAUUAUUGCCUCACCGGGAACUAUGGUUCAAGAGGAAAAAGAAGUUAAUAAUGUGGUUAAACUCGCAGGUAAAUUGGGUGAGAUGUCUAACGCGCUCAAAAUUUCCAUUAACACUAAAGUUAAUUCAGUGGCUAAUGAAAUUGAGAAUGCAACUGAAGGUAUUAAAUGCAUAAAGCAAAAUGUUAACAAUAUUACACGUCAUGAAAAGGAUCUUUUGGUACAAUUUAAUGACGGUGAAGGUGUUGGUUCUGUGGAACAGAUGGAAGGAAGCAGAAAUCAGUUGAGGGAAUACGUUCGCGAUGGUAGACAGGUGUUUGUACAAUGCCUGGAAAAAUCACAGGCUCUAAAUCUAGCUACUCUGGUACAAGAAGAAGAAUCGAAAGUAGAUGCAGAUCCUGGUUCUUCACCAGCCAAGGAGGGUGCUGAUGAUACUUCCUUAAAAUUGGCAGCGGAACUCGCUCUACUACAAUUCAAGAGAAGAUUACGCAUUCAGAAGGUUACUGACGCAAGGACGAAGGUAGACUCAAACAACAAGAUAAGCAAAUACAGACGCUUAAUCGGUAUGACGAUAGAGAACAUUGAUACUAAACUUGAUGACAUAGAAGGGUAUCUCAAGACUAAUUCUUAG